AUGCCACAACGAUCAUCUAGUGAACAAUGUCUUGCAACAUCGGCACCACCAAAUGUUGGUCCAUCUCAAAUUUUACCAUUUCUUUAUUUGGGUUCACAGGAAGAUGUUUUAUCGUCUAAAGCAAUGCAGGAUAAUCAUAUAACACAUGUUAUCAAUGUAAGCAUAUCAGGACAGCGAGCACCUUUUCUUGAUGAAAACAAUGAUGAACAUUUUCUUCGAAUACCUGUUAAUGAUUGUCUCAAUGCACAAUUAUUACCUUAUUUUGAUCAAGCAUUUAAUUUUAUUGAAAAAGCUCGACUUAAUAAUGGACGCGUAUUUAUUCAUUGUUUAGCUGGUAUUAGUCGUUCACCAGCUCUAGCUGUUGCUUAUAUAAUGCGUCAUUUAAAUUUAUCUGUUGAUGAUGCUUAUCGAUAUAUAAAAGCACGUCGAUCACAUAUAUCACCAAAUUUUAAUUUUAUGGGUCAAUUAUCUGAAUAUGAACGUAGUUUACCAACAUCAACAAAAUUAUCAACAACAAUACCAAUAAUUAAAUGUAUAACAAUAGAACCACCUUCAAAUGAUCGUCGUCGUUUUAUACAAAUUGAAGGAAAUAAUUCACUUAAACGUGAACAUAAUAAUGAUCAACCAAAAAGUUUAUCACGUCCAAAAUGUUUUAAUUUUGAUUUGGUUAAUACACGUCGACCACAAUCAUUAUUAUCACCAUCAUCUGGUAUAGCUAAUUUAUCUGUUGAAUCACCACAACCACAACAUACAUCAUUACCAUCAAAAUUAUUACGUCCAAAUAGUAUAACAUUAAAACGUUCAUCACCAACAGAUGAAUCUUAUCAACCGUCAGAAUUAAUUAAUAGUACUUGUUAUAAUAAUGAAUUAAAUUUAACAAAUAAACGUGUUAAAACAUUACCACGAAGCACAGAUACAUCACCAUUAUUUGAAAAUAAUGAUUUAAUAAAUACAUUUUUUGAAGGAACAUCAACAUUAUCAAAAUCACCUAAUCGAUCGAAUUCAACACAAUCACUUGAUUUAGCUACUGAAUCAACAACAACAACAACAACAUCAAAUACAAAUAAAAGUCGAACGAAUUCAUUAAGUUCAAGUCGCGAAUUACUUGUUUCAUAG